AUGAAUAUAACAGACUCAAGCAACAAUGCAAGUACUUAUGCUUCCGAGCAAGCUCGAUAUGAAAGCUUUUUCCAAUCAGCGUGGGGCACGGAGAUUUCAUACCGAACGGAGCUAGCGCGCGAUGGUUUUUACUUUACAGGAAUAUCGCGACAGGUUAAAUGUUUUUUCUGUGGAUACCUCUACCACGCCUCAAUCUGGCAAGAUUUACACUGGAUUGAACAUCGUCUUCAUUCAUCAGAUUGUCCUUUCAUCCAAGGUCUUCCUUGUGGUAAUAUACCAAGAUCUAUAUCAACUGUUGUUCUACAGGAAAACACGCCUCUAAGAGUCAUGGUUAAUUAUGAAAUGAAGAAUCAAGGAUAG